UCUAUUUGGCUUACUUGAUACAUAAAUAACUAUUUUUGAUUUUGUGAAAUUAAAUCGUUACACUUUUUUAUAUUUUGUAAAUAAUGAAUGAAUUGGGCCAAUACCAAUUGUGUCACCAAUCGUGACAAAAACCCUAAAUAAACGACAUAACCUCAAACGUCACAAUUUAUUAAUUACGAUGAAUUCACAAAAAAAUGAUGCAAAUUGAGUUGACACUUGGUAAAAUUGACAACAAACAGCCCCCCCGUACAUUACAAGUGGAUUGCGUGUUUUAUCACUACUUAUCAAAAGAACUGCGGUUGAGCCCCCUAUACCGGAUUUGCUUCAUUGAAACGCAAAAAAGCCGCCAAUUCCGGUUUAUUCUACUCCCCACACGUUGCAAUCUAAUCGACUAUCAAUGGAACGAGAGAGUGACGGAAAUGGUCCGCGAACGGUGCGAAUUGGACCACGCAAUGUCCUGGUUGUCAACCCUCGGCGGGGCUUUCUCAGCCCUGGGUGACUACUUCACGAAUUGUGCCCAAAUCGCCGGAAAAAUCUCCGUGAAUCAAUUGAAAUUGGCUUUGAGGUUAGGUGACCCAACUGUGGCCUCCAGGUGUCGCUUGUACUUUAGUUUAAGUUUAAUUCAACAGAAAAGGUUCAAAUUAGCGAGACACAUUAUUUAUCAGGAGUUUAUAACUGCGAAAAAUGCGACUGUUGUCGAUGAAAGACUUGUGAAAAUGUGUAAAGGCAUUUGGGCCAAGCUGCAGUACGAACACAGCUUGGGUAGGAGUCGCAAAAAAUAAAUAAAUUAUAAGUCUGGUAA